AUGAAGCCUUUUUGUCAGCAUUUGGCAUCAAUCCCAGGAUUCACACGGACUGAGGCUGGACCCAACAGAAGACAAGAGGACAGCAUGUCUCAACCCAAACACGCAGUGAAAGAGGCCUGGACCAGAGAAAGAUUACCUCAUAGUAAUGAUUCAGAUUCUUUAGAGCAGAAGUCUAAGAAGAUUAAAAAGAAGGAGGACGCUAAGGAGUCUAAAGAAGCGAAGCUCAACGGACGCGAAACCAAAACGAAGAAAAUAAAGAGCAAAAAGGAGGUGGAGGAAGAGCCACCAGUGGAAAAAAACGGGAAAAAAGUGAAGAAGAAAAAGACUGAAAAAGAGAAAGACUCAGAACCACCGGAAAAGGACAAAGAAACUAAGAAGAAAAAAGUUCCGAAAAAGAAAAAAGAAAGCUCAGGCGACGAUGACGAUGAUGAUGAAGAUACUCCCAAAAAGAAAACUAAGAAGAAGACAACAAAGGACAGAUCCCCUUCACCAGCAAUUGAAAAAGAGAAGAAAUCCAAAUCAAAAGAUUCUGACGGCAAAGAGAAAAAGUCCAAAUCAAAAGAGAAAGACAAGAAAAAGGAAGUGUCCUCGUUGUUUCAGAUAAACGGAGAAAAGGACUCGAAGACCAAAAAGAAAGCUGCAAAAUCAGACAGCGAUGACAGCGAAGAGGAGACCAAAUCGAAAUCCAAGAAGAAAUCAGCCAAUGCAUCCUCCAUGUUUAUAGUGUCCAACGACAAAGAUAAAAGCAAAAGCAAAGAGAAAGACAAAGACAAAGACAAAGACAAGGACAAAAAGAGCAAGAAAAAAGCAAAGAAAGAUGAAGAAAGCAACGAUUCUGAAUCUGAGAAAGAAGAGAAAUCGAAGAAGAAGAAAGGGAAAGGGAAAAAGAAAAAGGCCAGAUCUCCGUCUCCUGAGAUCGAGUUUGACAAUUUGGAGAAGUUUGUGUUGGAGCCAGCACCCCAAGGCGUCACCAUCAAAUGUCGAGUGACCCGCGAUCAGCGAGGAAUGGACAAGUCACUCUACCCGCUGUACUACAUCCACCUGGACAACGAGAAGAAGACAUUCUUAUUGGCUGGACGGAAAAGAAAGAAGAGCACGACUUCAAACUAUCUCAUUUCAAUUGACGCAACAGAUCUGUCGAGAGGAGGAGAUAAUUUUGUCGGAAAGCUAAGAUCCAAUUUAAUGGGCACCAAGUUUACAGUCUAUGACAAUGCACAGAAUCCUGAACGAGCGCUCCCGGACAUGUCGAACGCACGGCAAGAGUUGGCAGCAAUUAUUUAUGAAACCAAUGUUUUAGGAUUCAAAGGUCCCAGAAGGAUGACGGUCAUUAUUCCGGGAAUGAACAAAGACAACGAACGGAUCCCUCUUCGGCCGAGAAAUGAUUACGACAGUUUACUAAUUCGGCAUCAGAACAGAAGGAUGGAGAACCUGAUAGAGCUACGCAACAAAUCCCCAGUUUGGAACGAGGAAUCGUCGACUCACGUGCUCAACUUCAACGGCCGCGUCACUCAGGCCUCCAUCAAAAACUUCCAAAUCGUUCACAGCAACGACUUGGACUACAUCGUGAUGCAGUUUGGGCGCAUAGCUGACGAUAUCUUUACUCUGGAUUACAACUAUCCCAUGUGUGCGGUGCAGGCCUUUGCUAUUGCUUUGUCUAGUUUUGACGGGAAAAUUGCCUACCAGGCUAGUUGGAUGGCGCUCAAGAGGAAAAACCAGUUUGAGUCGUGGGCCCUGAGUGAGAGGUGUGUAUUCUGCCUGAACCUGCUCCGGCAGUCGUCCAAACUUGCUUCUGUCAAAGAAAGCCUCAAGCUGCCAGCUAUUCUACAAAAUGCAACAUUUUUAGAGUUUAUAUCGGGAGCCUGCAGUUUUGGCCUCGGCGCUGGGAGGAAUAAUCCACGUUUAUCUACAAGAACGAGACAAACUACUGAUAUUUGGAGGAAUACAGGACUUCAGACUUUCCUCAAGGUCUGUUCCAGCCCCGAGGAUGGGCUGGACGCGGGGGAUGACGACAAGACUCUGGACGGAGACGCAGAGGGCGUUUGGAGCCCCGACAUUGAGCAGAGCUUCCAGGAGGCACUGGCCAUUUACCCCCCAUGUGGACGCAGGAAGAUCAUCCUGUCGGACGAGGGCAAGAUGUACGGUCGCAAUGAAUUGAUUGCAAGAUACAUCAAGCUGAGGACUGGCAAAACACGCACACGAAAACAGGUGUCUAGUCACAUACAGGUGUUAGCGCGGAAGAAAGUUCGUGAAUACCAGGCGGGUAUCAAGGUUUCUAGCCACUUGCAGGUUCUCGCCCGAAGAAAAUCUCGCGAGAUCCAGUCAAAGCUAAAGGCAAUGAAUUUGGACCAGGCAUCUAAAGACAAAGCCUUGCAGAACAUGGCUGCUCUCUCAUCUGCACAGAUUGUCUCACCGAGUAUAGUGAAAAACCUCCCUCCACUACCGCCCGCCCCGUACCAACCAUUCUGGCGCGCCCCUAUCCCAGGACAGCCGGGCCCCUCUCAGGAUCUCAUUCUAGAUCUCCCGGGAAGGACUCCUGGGUUUGGCCGCACCAGCCAUGCCAUCAAACCAUAUGCACAGCCGCCCUACACAUCACUACAAGGUCCAGUGCAGUCCUUACAAACAGGUUACGAGCCCUUAGCCCCUCCCCCUCCCCCCAGUGCCACUGCGGUGCCCGUGUGGCAGGACAGGACCAUUGCCUCGUCAAAGCUGCGGAUGCUGGAAUACUCAGCCUUCAUGGAAGUCCAGCGAGACCCAGACACUUACAGCAAACAUCUGUUUGUCCACAUUGGACAGACCAACCCCUCUUACAGCGACCCACUGUUAGAAGCCGUUGACAUCCGGCAAAUCUACGACAAGUUCCCUGAAAAGAAAGGCGGGCUCAAAGAGCUUUAUGAGAAGGGUCCCCAAAACGCCUUCUUCCUGGUGAAAUUCUGGGCUGACUUGAAUAGCAGUGGGAUGCAAGACGGACCUGGUUCUUUCUACGGCGUCAGCAGCCAAUACAGCAGCAAUGAAAACAUGACCAUCACCGUGUCAACUAAAGUCUGCUCGUUUGGAAAGCAGGUUGUGGAGAAAGUUGAGACAGAAUACGCUCGAUUGGAAGGCGGAAAGUGCGUUUAUAGGAUCCAUCGCUCUCCCAUGUGCGAGUACAUGAUCAACUUUAUCCACAAACUCAAACAUUUGCCUGAAAAGUAUAUGAUGAACAGUGUUCUGGAAAACUUCACUAUUCUACAGGUGGUGACAAAUCGAGACACUCAGGAGACACUGCUCUGCAUAGCCUUUGUUUUCGAGGUUUCUACGAGUGAACAUGGCGCUCAGUAUCAUGUCUACAGACUUGUCAAAGACUGA